AUGCAGAAAUUGAGAGGAGACGUCAAAUUUGGCUCGGCAAGUGACCGGUCAUCGAUUCAUCCUCUGGUACUGCUUCCUUCUACUCAUUGUUUUUCCUUCGGGAAGAUGUUAUUUUCUUCCUUUCUACUCAGCCUUCUCCUGCUCUUUUUCUUGGGGAUCCGCCUCGACCUUAUGGAGGGCGUGCUCAGGAUGAGUUUACUACUGCUGGCGCCCCUUUCAUCUAGCCUCUUUUCCCUGGUGUAUUCCAUUCCGAUGUUGAUUCUUCCAUGGCUCCUAGGUCGCCUGAAGACGACUUUGAUGUUUCUCUACCUGGUUUGCUCCCUGUGGGACAACGUCGCACGUCCGCCAUCCUUGCAAGAUCAGAACUCUUGGACACUUUUGCCACUGGCUUCUUUGGCAGCUGUUGACAUCCCUGGCCCACCUUCGUCUGAUGUACUAUGUUUUCAUCCUUCCAUUGCCGGCGCCGACGCCUCUACUGCUCAUGCUCCGCGGAAUCCAGCGGUUCCUCCUAUUCAUGCCGUCCCACAACCGCAUGGGCCAGCUGUGGGAGUUGAUCCAUGGUGGCGUGUUUCUGCUACUCCUUGCACCUCUGCUCAUAGAGCAGCUGCGAGUCGUCGUCAUCGUCUGGCUAUGGGUCAGCAUACCGCACUCCUACGGGCACACGUGCUUUCUAGCCAUUCGCAUACAGUCACCUUGCAAAGUCCUGCCGCGAAUGGUCGUCGUCGGCGUCAUCGUCCCCAUUCUGCUAUGCAGCGGCACACAGCUCUUCUUCAGGCAGGUGCUGGUACUGAUGUUCAGUUGCCUCUCCCUACAAGUUUGGUAAACUUUCUGAAGGCUGCUUCGCCUGGCAGGUCUUACUAUGCUGGCCCUCACCUUAUUUGCAAAUACUAUAGCGCUUCAUAUUGGUAUCAGGAGCGCAAUAAACGCCUCAGUACAAAGUACCACCCUGUGUAUACUGGUUGUUGUCGUGCUGGCCGGGUGUCUCUUCCGGUUUAUCUGGAAUGGCCUUCGCCGUUGUCUCAACUUAUGCGCUUUGACGGCGGUCCUGAGUCAGACCGUUUCAUGCGUUUGAUUCGGGAAUACAAUUCUAUGUUUGCUUUCACAUCUCUUGGUGUUCAUGUUGACAGAACAGUUAAUGUUGGGAAUGGUCCAUAUGUAUUCAAGAUUUGCGGAGUGGUUUGUCAUGAAAUUGGCUCUUUGUUGCCUCCAGAGGGUGAUCCUGUUCCUAAAUUUGCCCAGCUAUAUAUUUAUGAUACACAAAAUAAAUUAGAUCACAGGAUGGGCAUAUUUAGUCAAGACAAUGAAAUUGAUGAUAACUCUGCUACCGAUGCCCAUUCUGCACCACCUGCUCGGUCCUCAUCCGCUGCUGUUGGUCAGCGGCGUCGAAGAGAAGAGCUACCGGGAGAUGGUUUCGAUGCUUCUUCCACACGCCCAGCCCGGCGUCGUCGGCGGCGUAGAGAGGAACCUGAUCCUGCUAUCGAGUUUUACAUGCUUUCUACUCUUUCUCAUUAAAUUGUUCUUCUUCCCAGGUAUCAUUUGUUGGCAGGAUGACUGGAUUUCCUUCUCCUUUUGCCACUCUGCUAUGUGAUUCAGGUCCGGGGAGACUCUCCCAUUGUUCACACCUCAUGUGUCAGGUUAACUCUCUUCUCUUCUUUGAUGUUGUGUUUCUUCUCACUUUGUUGUCACUCUAUGGUCACUCUGGCUUUGCUCCUUUCCCUUAUGCUAUUUUUCAUACGCUGAAUUAUCGGUUUGUAUUAUUUUUGCCUACUCCUUUUACAGCUCAGGGCUUCAGUUCUCACUGUAUCUUACCAAUUAUACGUUUAUGGGCAUGUGUACUGAUUUAGUGGCCUAAUAGAAAGGGCUUCUGAAUUUAUGUGUUGCUUGCAACGGCCUGAAAUCUCAGCCCAUGUACGCCUUUAACGUGAAUGACAGAGGCAUAUGGACAGACUUCAGUUUGUCAAUCAACUGCCCUCACCCAUUGUCUAUUCUAUGCUACAUGGUCGGCUGUGUGACUUCCAUAAGUACAUGUGUAAAAUAUUAUCUUCCUUGCUUCCUUUUUAUAGUCGCAUCAGCUUAAGUCUCUAAAUCGAUGCACGUUAUGUACCUCAGCUAAA